AUGAGUCAUACUAAAGAAUUCCUUGGACACGAAAAUUGUUGGAAAAAGUGUGAUGUUUUCUGGUAUCGAAGUUUUUUGAGUUGUGCGGAGACAUUACUAUCAGAAACAACACACAAAAGUUUAAGAGAUGCGGUUAAUUCCGAGCGUUCACGAUAUAUAAAAGAAUUGGAAAUUAUAUGGGAAGACAUAAUUAAGAAGCAAAAAAAAAAUCGUGAAGCUUCGGAAAAAGAAAACCGAAUACCUAGGUCUGCCGUAUCGGGGAAAAAAGAAAAAAAAAUAGAGGCAGAACUAUUAUUGGUGGUACCUCCACGGAUACGCUAUCCUAAAUUAAGGAAAAGCGCAUCCACUACAAAGUCCACCGCUGCCCGAACUCCCGAUCCGGUCAGAGGUUGGACUUCAUUUCUAAAUGAAGUCCGAUCUUACAAAUCUGAUAAUACUGCCAGGCAGUAUAAAAGACCCAGGUUUCAUCGAUAUCGUGGAGUAGACGAUAUUUCCAACGAGGAGGAUGUACGACAGGCAUUGUCUGUAAACAUCCUAGAGAAUCUGAAUAGAAUCACCACUUCACGCCAACCUCGAGAAAAACAUAAGAGGAUCUCUAGUGAGGAUUUAGUUACCGGAGAUCCUGACUUUAUAUACAAGCAGGAUGGCAAAUUGCUAUUAGCAAUUGAGGUGGGGUCUUACAUUUAA